CUCACCGUGCUCAGUCUCGAACGAACCGCGGUCGCGUACGGAAGGCGUAGUUUCAUUUCAUCUUCGCACGGGAAAUUUUUCAUCUUAUCUCUCUUCAUCCCAGGACAUCUUCCAUUGCAUGCAAUGGUGACUUUAACCUGCUGGCAGAAAAAGUAGAAAAUCUUGCUUUUGCGACCAUUUCCCACGUGGGAAACGCGGUUUUUCCAGCAGAAAUAUGUGCGUUAGAUAAUAUUAUUAGCAAUAGUGUGUGAUUUAGCGGUGAAAAUGUGUGCUAAAGUGGGAAAAUGGAGCUCCAAACGGGGGCUCAUGCUGAGUAUCGCUAUAUUCCUUUUAUGGAUGAAAUUGCCGGACCAAAGUGCUGAUGCAACUGUACAGACUGAAAUAAUGGAAAAAUGGGGUGAUAACUUCGGGGAAGAACUGUGGGACCUGGCUCAAACCAUGACGAAGGCUAGCGAAAUCACGCAGAAAUACAAAGCAUACAAUGCCCGGGUGGAGCACAAGGACGGCACCAGUCUGAUCAAAUCUAUCGUGGAUAAUGUCGGCCGGAUGUUGAUCCGCAAGAUGGACGCCAUCAAGUGCAUCAUCAACAUGGCCGAGCAGUUGUCCGAGGAGUUCGAGUUCAACGAAACCAUCGCGGGCAACUUCACGUACUAUUCGAGCAAGUAUUCGAAUAUCGAUGGUCGACCUGAGCCCAACAUACCGUCGUCGUUGGAGGAGAACAUCUGGAUGUACCGGAAUAUGUAUUUGAAUCCAGAUACGCACUUCUUCAACAUCUCGGUGAACACGUCGUACAGCUCGGUGCACGUGCCCCAGAACGUGUACGACCGGUACCCGUGGGUGAUGGAAGCUCUCCAAUGGUCCGAAGCGUUGGACGACGUGUUCAUGCAGAACUACAACUCGGAUCCGGCGCUGUCGUGGCAGUAUUUUGGUUCCUACACGGGUAUUCUGAGGCAUUAUCCGGCGUUGGAGUGGGACCGACGGCAGGUGGAUACAUUCGACUGUAGAAAGCGGUCGUGGUACAUUGAAACGGCCACCUGCUCGAAAGACAUUGUGAUUUUGCUCGAUAAUUCCGGUUCGAUGACCGGCUAUCGUAACUACAUAGCUCAAUUAACUGUUAAAAGUAUACUAGAUACGUUUUCCAAUAACGAUUUUAUCAACAUCUAUAAGUACUCGAACGACGUAGAUCCUUUAGUGGAUUGUUUCGCGGAUAUGCUGAUUCAAGCAACUCCGGAGAACAUUCGAUUUAUGAAUGAAAAGGUUCGAGGACUUGAACCAGAUGGCUAUGCCAAUGUCAAGAAAGCCUUCGUGAAGGCUUUUGAGCUGUUACAACAUUACCGUGAGAUGCGAAGGUGCAACGAGACGGUUAGUGGUUGCAACCAGGCCAUCAUGUUGAUCACUGAUGGAGUGCCCAGUAACAUAACCGACGUGUUCGAGCAGUACAAUUGGUUCGAAAAUGGAACCAAAAUUCCGGUGCGAGUGUUCACUUACCUUCUUGGACGGGAAGUGACCAAAGUGCGGGAAAUCCAAUGGAUGGCUUGUUUGAAUCGAGGCCAUUACUCACACAUCCAAUCGUUGGAUGAAGUACAGGAAGAGGUGCUGAAGUACGUAACUGUGAUAGCAACGCCUUUGGUUCUGCAAGGCGUUGAACAUCCUCCGACAUGGACCCAUGCGUUCACGGAUACAGCGGAAAAUCUUCAGUCGGAUGCAGACGACGAUGAACCACCUCGGUUGAUGAUUGCAGUCGGUGCACCAGCAUUCGAUCGGAAAGCGAAUCAUUAUAAUGAAACUCGGACGGCACGACUGCUUGGAGUAGCGGGAACGGAUAUUCCUCUCGAAGAUCUGGAUGAUCAGACGCUGCCUUACAAGCUUGGAGUAAACGGAUACUCUUUCAUCGUGAGUAACAACGGAUACGUGGUAAUGCAUCCAGAUCUUCGACCUGUUUACAAAGGUCGUCUCAAGGAGAACUACAACAGUAUAGAUUUAACAGAAAUCGAGCAAGUACUGAACGAUAUCAUGGAAGCCUCGGACGAAACUUUGACGGGACGUGAAGUGAAUCCGCAAAUGGAAGCUCUCAGAGAAAACUUGGUCUUUUCGAAAUCGGGCAAGAUGUUGAAGGUUCCGGUUCGGUUUCAUUACGAUAAAAUGCGGCGAGUGUCGCUGGAAUAUCAGGACUAUUACUACGAACCCUUGGAGAACACUCCAUUCUCGUUGGGUUUAGUGCUGCCCCAUGAUUACGGCAAUACAUGGAUUAAGGUUGGAGAUGAGAUCAAACGAAACCAGCAUAUGGGACUGAACAUAUCCGACUUUUUCGUUGGAGAGAAUUGGAAACUUCAUCCGGAUUGGAUCUACUGCAAAUACCACUACCUGGAGGGCCACGAGUUCAAAACCCCGGAGGAUGAGCUGCGCCACUUUUUGGUGCGGCUUUACGAACCGAACUGGAAAUGGUUCCAGCAGUAUGAGUCCGAGCCGGACGAUAUCGAAAAAGAUGGUGACGAACCGAACUGUGGUAGAAAAACGCUGGACGAUGAUGCUUACUAUUGCAAUAAGGAGCUAGUUCAGCUGUUGGUAUUUGACGCGAAGGUGACAAACACCAGCUACCGGAAUUGGGAGUUUGAGAAUGAAAAUGAGCGAAGAAUCAUUGAUAUGUACAACGCCACGCUACGCUUCGUUGCAACUAUGAGUGGCCUUACGAGGUGGCAGUUUAUUUUUGGGGAGGUUGAAGUAGAUUCUGACAACGAGUUCGGUGACUAUCACAAAAAAGCCAUCGACGAGACUUGGUACAGAAGCGCCAUCUUGCAGCACAAAAUUGAUCCGAAAAGUUUCGUGUAUUCGGUGGCUCACGCUUCGGACGAACCGGAAGACGAAGAACUGAAAGUUACCGCGUCGAUGGGCAUCUUUCCUAGAGAUGGAGGUUUUGAAACACCAGGCUGUGUAACGGGAUUCCAAUUUUCGCAUCAGCUGAUGUACGAGCGCUUCAUGGAAAUUACGUCGAGAACAACAUGUGAUGGCUGCAUAGAAACUUGCAAUUCGGAAAGCCGUGAUUGUUACGUAAUCGACCACAACGGGUAUGUGGUUUUGUCGGAGACCUACAACGAUACGGGUCGAUUUUUCGGCGAAAUUCAAGGCGCAAUUAUGCAAUCGAUGGUGGACAAGGAAAUCUUCUCCAUGAUAACGGUAUUUGACCUGCAAGGGCUGUGCGACCAUGAACGAGUAGCUCAGAACGAUGGUUUCUCGUUGAUGCAUCCCUUACGAGCACUGAUGCUGGGAAUAAACUGGCUGAUAGCGGAGUUCUUCAUAACUUUAUCGAAGUUUGACUUCUGGGUGCAUGGCAUUCCUAGUCCUGAAUACGAUUAUGACACCGGAGUUGAGUACGAAGACACCGACUAUGGUGACAUGUCACGACCCAAGCCGAAGAAGCCUCUGGUAGAUGAAGAAGAGGAGUAUUUUAACCGUCCCAAGGAAAUCAAAAUGGAAACUGUGUACGAAGCGUGCGACAAAAAGUCCAACCUGUACGUUAUGCAGCAGGACAAGUUCAUCAAGGGUGACGGAUUCUUCUACGAAUCAGAACCGGUCAAUCCUAUGGAACUGUUGCACCGACCGUACUUUGCCAAACGGGUUCCACGUUCGAAUUUACUGAUGGUCAUCGUCGAAAGUGAGUAUCCAUCGGACCAUGUGAUUCUGUCGGCGGCUCCCCAAAACGUCAUGCACAAUGGGAGUCAGGCGCUUCCGUGCGUGAAAACAAGGCUAAACUUUUUACCCCGCCGACGGCUGGAGGAAUGCUACACCGAGCAUCCUGACGAGGACAUAGUGGCUCAGUGUGGCGAAGCCUCCAUGCCAACAAUUCAACUGACUGUAGUGAUAUCGUCCCUAGUAUCACUUUUGUUAUAUCGAUGUGCCCAAAUGUAGUCUUAUUUUAAACUAAACUAGUCAAACCUGGAGGUAGUGAACAUUCGAUACUCUCGGUCAAAACCAAAGUCUUUGUACACUGUAGGAAUAGAGCAAACAGUUUUAGAGCAAGCAUAUACCUGUAGAUGAAAAACUGAGAGAACUUUUUUACUAAAACAAAAAAAAACAUUAGGAAGAAGUGUGAUUUGUUCGCAUAUUCGUCCCAUUUAGGGGAGAACAACUUACGGAAGAGACAAAUUUGUUACGAAACCUAUUUUUCUUUCUAUAGCGAAACGCACAUUCAAGUGAAGAGUCUCUUGGAAUCUAUACAAUCAGGAUGAGUCAAUCUUUUUGAACUUGUACUUACCUCUUGCGUCCACAAUUAUGCCAUUCGAAGACCAAACAUUUCCGCCCUUCAAUUUCUCUCUCUCUCUAUUUCUGAUAUACAUAAACCAUAUUGUUGCAAUUUUCAAACCAUUUCACCGAUAAAGGUCGAGCUAAACACUCAAAUCUAUACACCAACCGAGCUCGAAUUUGCAAUGACACGAGUGUUAUAUCAUUCCUUUUAACGCGAGCUGCACUCUUUACACUACAGGAAAACGGAAACACAAACGGAAUAUACAGAACCUCAUUCAAUACUCAAACGGCGUGUGGGGCAAACGGGUCCUGCUGCACAAGACAAUGUUGAUUUUAUUUUUGAUAUAAAGUUGUUACUGAGAAAAUGGAAGGGUUUAAGAAAAUUUCAUGAAAAAAGUAAUUGAUUUGGUUUUAAAUGAUUAGCCAGAAUAUUGUAGUUCGAUAACACGGAUCAAAUAUUUAGACAAUUGCAUAUAACGUACAACAAACCUUCUUGGAAAGGAGUUACCCAGAACGCAAUAUUUAGAAGAUUGGCGAUUUAAACGGUGGUGUUUAUUCAUAGGAGUAGCUAGUUGAAGUCGUCCUUUUAAUGGGAGUUUUAUUCAGUUAAUGCAGUUAUUGAGAUAUUUUUAAGUUGAUUAUUUGUUUGAUGUAACGAGAUAUAAUACGAAAUACUCGGAUAUAAAACUGUUGUUAAGUUA